AUGGGAAAUUGUAAAGGGUAAUGUUAUUAGAAGAGUCUAAGUUAAGCAAAUAAUGUUGAUUGCACAAAAUUAAUAAUUCUAGUAAAAACAUGGCAAAAGGAUGCGUUUUCAUUAUUUGAUUAUGAGAAUGCAGCAAAUGUGCAAGAAUAAAAAUUUAUAGUAAAAAGUCUUUAAAUUAUACUUUUAGAUAAAUAACGAAGGCUAUUUAGUUGGUCGUAAUUAAAUAGAAUGGAUAGAAAAUGAAUCAAUAAUUAAGGAUUAGCUUUGUAAAAUAAAGAAAAAAAAUGAAAACUAUUUUAUUGUAAAUCCAAAUUUUCAAAAUGAUGAAAAAAAAUAGGCAAUAUAAGAAAAUGAGGAAUCUCCUAAUAUAGUAAACAAGUUAUAAUAAUAUAUAUUAUAAGAACUGUUUCUGAUAAGAUUGGGAAUAAGAUUUGGAAAGUGAUUCAUGAAAAUGGAAUACUUUUACAAGAAGGAGAUGUUAUAAAAUUGGGAAGAGUGAAAUUUACUAUACGUUAGAUAGCAUUAGAAAUUAAAUAAUAAGAGUAGAAAUCUGAAUAUGAAUCAUCACAAUCUAAUUCAUCAGAAUAAAUAAUGUGUAGAAUUUGUUGUUCUUCUCAAAAGAGUAUUAAAAAUCCACUUUUGAAUCCUUGUAAAUGUAGUGGAUCAAUUAAGUAUAUACAUUUAGAAUGUUUAAAAACAUGGUUAAGAAUGAAAUUAGAAAAUAGAUAAAGUGAGAAUUGCAUAGUUUAUUUAUGGAAGAAUUUAGAAUGUGAAUUGUGUAAAUAUAAUUAUCCUCCAAAGUUUAAGAGUGAUGAUGCAUAUUAUGAUUUAGUAGAAUUAAGUAAACCAAAUGAUUAUCCUUAUAUAAUGAUGGAGUUCACUAAUAAAUAAGUAUUUUUUCCUAUAACUUAUUAUAGGGAUAAUAAUUAGAGUGGAAUAAUAGUUCUGGUAUUUAUAUUUUAAAGUUUUCUAAUAUAUCUGAAUUAAGACUUGGAAGAUCAAAUGAUACUGAAAUAAGAAUAAAUGACAUCUCUGUCAGUCGAAAUCAUGCUAGAUUAAUGAUAUAAGAAAAGAAAGUGUAUCUAUUUGAUAAUCAUUCAAAAUUUGGAACUUUGCAUUUAAUAAGAUCUGAAAGAUUAUAAAUAUAGAGAGGAAUGGAAGUUUAAGUGGGAAGGAGUCUCAUUUCAUUUUAAUGA